AUGAAAACUAAUCUCGCUGACUCUGAUACUCGUCAUCCUUUCUUGCCUGGUGGUGAUAAGGCUUUUGACAGUGCUUGGAAGGUUCUUUUGAAGAAAUUUCCGAGUCUUGAUACCCGAUCUACUUCCACCCUUAACAUUUUUUGUAAUCAGAAGGAAAUUUUUAAGCAAACAUCUCUCCUGUACUACAACUUUGUGGAUGUUUUGGAGGUGCAGGAUAAUGUUUUAGACCUGUUGCAACGGAUUAGUAAUGCGGGAAUUCGUCUUGAAAUCACUCUUAAUUCGGAUUUAACACAUCUGUACCUCGAACUUACAUCAAACUACUUUGCAGUGAUGUAUUUCCUUACUCGGAUUCCCGACCUCAAAGCUAUUCUCACGCUCUUUAACUUCUUGUUCGAGCAAGCAAAUGGCAAACCCGAGCCUAAUUUUUCCAGAAUGGCCGAGCGUUUCGCUGAACCCCCUGAGAUACUUUUAAAGCGUCUCCUGGAGGAAUUUAAACCCUAUGCUCCUGUUCUCUCACUAGCUUUAGCUUCCUUGAACGACUUCUUUAUCCGACGAACUGUACGUGCGCAGAAUUGGCGGGAUAGCCUUUUUCUUAACAUUCUUGCGGAGCCGCGCAAGAUCACCCACACGGCACUGAGUGAUCAACUAGCCUGUGAACUGCUCUCAUAUGAGGUAAUGGAGCGCUGGGUUGUGUUUGGCUUCUUGUUAGUUGGUCCGUCAACUUCCGGAGACGGUGAUGACGCUUUCACUCGGAUUCGUCUUGCACUCAGAAAUAGCUAUGUUGUCGUUCUUUUUCGAGAUGAAGUUAUUCACGUACAUAGUUUGUUAAUCACUUUCUUCGAAUCCGUUUGGACAGGAAAAUCAUCCUCCAAACGCCUUUCUGACAUUAAAGAGGCUAUGUCUAUCGCUUACUCACAGGCUCCUGGGGCUCAUUCUGACAGAAGAGCCUAUCUGCGUUCCUCCCUGCGACAAAUUCAUUCAGUUUUAUCAGAUCAACCUGGCCUUCUUGGCCCAAAAGCCUUCAUUGUAUUCUGGGGACUUUCCUAUGCUGCUGAUGAAAUUCACUGGCUUCUCCGACAUUCCAACAACAUGCAACCAAAAAAGAAUAUUAACGUUGAGGAGUUUGCUGAUGUUGCUCUGCCUGAGUUGCUAUACUACAUAGAGGAUCUUCGUCACCUAGUUAGACGCUACACUCCUGUAAUUCAACGCUUUCAUAUUCAAAUGCUUCCACUGUAUGACGCCCCUGGACUAGAAGAAUACCUUUGUCCAUCUAUUAAUUAUCUUCCCAUGGAAGAGGUUGAUAUUUUCAACGGAAUGCUGACUCGACUUCGAGAGGUUGAAGACCUACUAACCUCUAGUGCUCCUCGUCAUUGCGAAUUUGCAAGUCUUCGGCUUGAUUGGCUUCGUUUGCAAGCAAUUCUUUCAGCAAAGGAUUCUCCACUCCCAUUGGCUAAUUGCCGUCGUCUGGCAGAGCAUCUUCACUCCACAACCUUCCAUACCCGUUUAAUAGACCAAAUCGAAGAUCUCCUUCGUCAAGUGUCUGACCUCUCGGUGUAUUACUUUUACUGGAACAAGUUGGAGGAGGUUUUUAACCACAGCCUUGCCUACCCCUCUCAGUUACGCUAUUCUGGCGUAUUUCUCAGUUUACCUGCUAGUUUUGUGAACAUUUGUCAUGAGAUGUGUCCAAAAGAACGCUUUAUUAUCGGCAGAACUGCAGGAAACUUGACCCGUCGAUUUUGCCGAAAGUUAGUGGAUGCACUGUGUACCGCCUUUUUCACUCGAUUGGAGGAAGUGUGCACCUUGGCCGAACAACUGGCGCCCCAAAAUAGUGUGCCUUGGCUUAUCGAGGAAAAGCUGAUGAAGAAGAAGGCCGCUGACACUAACGGAACCAUAAAGAAAAACAAAACUGUAUCUGGGUUCGGACAGCCAACUAACGUAAUAUUGAUGCCCGGUAUGGAGAGUUUUCGUCGCGAUCGCGUCGAUCAAACUAUACAUGACAAGACUCUCUUCACGCUUUCACAGCUUUGUUCUGCGCUCAAUUUUCAAAAAGAGCUACAUGCUUUUGAAGAAGUGUUCGAUCCUCGGACAGUUCUUCAAACAGAACUUCAGAUGCGUUUAUUCGAAUAUCUUCGCCCUAUUGUGAAAACCUAUCCCACGGGGCCAGCAGACAAGUCAGAUGCGGAGCCUCAUCGCCUGAUUAGGCCUUCGGACAUGCUUCGUCGAGCUCGGGCAGUCAUGGAAGUCCUUAUAGACCUCGAGGAUUUGGUACGCAUCGAUGUGAUUGCCGUUUUCAGCAACGUUUUUGAACAGCACACGCAGCCAAGUAGUGAUACGUCAAAGAAUGUAUCUACCCUUACUACACACUACUCCGAGUGGUAUGCGGAUGAUUUUAUCCAACAGGCCUACUUGGGCCACUUUGUCUACUCACCCUUGCUAAUGACUUUCGUCACGAUGCCCUCUCCAGAUUCUCCCCGAUUCCGCGCUGAGGAAUACUCGGAUUUGAAUGAACUCCGUGCUCUGGCCGAGCUAAUUGGUCCCGUGGGGAUGAAAUAUCUGGAUAGUCGAAUCAUGGAUCAGAUCGGCUCGCGAGUGGAUGAGGUAAAGAAACUGGUUAUCUUAAAUCGUCCUUUGCUGGAGGAAUUGCGUGGAGCAUUUGACGAUCCAGUAAAGACCCGAAAACUUGCCGCCCAGUUGCAAAGAGUGGAUAUGCUGCUCUCAUAUCUACGGGAAAUUGGGAUUGGAUUGGCGUUUCUCUCUCUCUGCCGCGGAGCCCUGGGCGAUGUGAUUCGGGCGCGUGCUCCUUUCCUCGUGGAGACAGCGAAGAGCAUUCGCACACACAUGCGUCGCCAGGGGAAGGGCAAGCUCCUUCCGCCAGCAAUUUUCGAGACCGAGGCGGAGGAAGAGGGGGAAGUGAGAACAAGCACAGGUACGGGGAACGGUGGCGGCGCGGAACACGUUGUGCGUCUGCUGGAGGCGCAGUUGCUAACAAGCAACCUCUGCGCAGCCAUGGGUAUCUCCUGUGAUGGACUGGACGCAGGACUCUGCGAUCUUCUUCGACUUACUCAGCGCUCGUCCUCAAGCUGGAAUGGUGGCGCUAGCUCUACUGCACCCACUGCCGAACCCCCACUCAACCUUCAGUACCAUAUUGCUUGCUUAUUCAUUGUCUUCGUGGCCAACGCUUUGCCACAGUUGGCCCGAGUCAGCGGAUGCGCCUACCAGGUCAACUUGGCCGCCAACGAGGGCAACACGCACUGCAUCGCCUACGCAGUCACCACCCUUAUGAUAUGUAUGUUCUCAGUCCUAAGUCCUGGGGACUUGGAGGAGCGUUCGACAGAAUUUUUGGCUCUGGCAUCCUCCAAUCUACUUCGUCUCGGCCUUGAAACGAAUUCUUCCCUUGUCUCCGCUGCAGAAAUCAGCGGUGCUGGUGACAACACCGCUUCAUCGCGUCACACUAACAACCCCAACUGCGUGUCUAGCGAGAAUCGCGAUUCGGUGUAUCUUCUUUUCGAUGAGAUAGUUCGUCUUUCCCCCGUUCUGACUGCCAAUCUUCAGGAGGCCUGCUUCCCCUGCGCCCUCAUCCGCAGUGCCUACAACCAUCUGGCAAAUGCAAAUUCGCGCCUCCAAUAUCACCAUGCGAACUCGAGGUCAAACACUGCAGUGCUGCACCACCACCAUCAUCAUAAUUCUGAGGUGUCACAAUAUCAUCCCUAA